AUGGCUCCCACCAAGUCCGCAGCCAAGGGCCGCGGUCGCGCAUCCAGAACGAGCGACGCCGGCGCUGCUCCAGCUGUCGAAUCACCGCCGCCUGCCGCAGCCUCCGAGGAGACACCCAAGCGUGGGCGCGGUCGCCCCAAGUCCGAGCCUGGCGCCUCCAAGGUCAAGAAGCCCGCCGCCGUCCCAGGACGCGGUCGCGGCCGCCCUCCCAAUCCCAACAAAAGCCCCAAGGCUCCCUACGUCCCCACCGGCAAACCCCGCGGUCGCCCCCCAGGCUCCGGCAAGAAGGCCAAGGCCGCUGCCCUGACUGCCAGAUUAACCAGCGGCAAGAAGGCUGCUGCUGUUAAGAAGGCCACUACCGUCGCCCGCGGUGGCCCCAAGGGUCGCAAGUCCGAUGCUGCCAAGGCCAACGAGGACAAGGAGCUCGGCGAGGAUGUCGACAUGGAGGCUAGCGACGAUGCCGAGGAGCAGGACGACGAAGAGCAACUUUCCGACGAGGACGGCGAUGACGCGCGCAGCGCUUCAGAUCGCGGAUCUGGACCUCUUGGUGAGGACACGACGAGCAACCGCGGUUUCUUUACAAUGGUCGGGCGGAAACUUGGGCUCCAGUGA